CAAUGAAAGCGGUGAGAAACUGAGAAUCAACCGACAUCACCAUGGCAAAAACCAAGGUGGGUAACUGAAAACAGGUGACUGCUGAUGCCUAAAGAAAUCAUCUUUCAGAAAACCAUCUACUCCAUCCCCAAGACCUGGGGCUCUCUCUCUCUCUGCCUCUCUCUAUAAAUUGAAUACCCAGACGCAGCCAGCAAUCAAGCUCAAACUCAGUGCAUUCAGAGCUUUUAAUUGUCUCGGAUCUUUCUAAUCCCCAUUUUUGAACCACCUUGUUAAGCUAUUUCUCCUCGUCAACUACUACUUUGUAGUUUGGUUUUCCUGUAUCUGCAAUAAUGUCGAAGAAUGUGGCUCAGUCUCCUCUUGAAAGAAGCAGCCUUUCUUCAUUGGACCAGAAGCUGGCCAUGGCCAAGCGUUGCUCUCAUGAGGGCGUUAUCGCAGGAGCCAAGGCCGCUGCGGUUGCUACCAUUGCAACUGCUAUUCCCACUUUAGCCAGUGUGAGGAUGCUGCCAUGGGCCAAAGCCAAUCUGAACCACACUGCCCAAGCUCUUAUCAUUUCCACAGUGGCAGGAGCAGCAUAUUUCAUAGUGGCUGACAAGACCGUCCUGGCAUCAGCAAGGAGAAACUCCUUCAAACAAGGCUCAGCCUCUGGCUUUGAUACCAAGAUCUAAUUAGUUAAUUAACUAGCAUUCCUCUAAACUUUCUUUGUAUCUUAGCCAAGCUCUUACCGCAUGUAUUAAUAUUAAAGAAAUAAGAUUUGGAGUUUAUUGGCAUCUGUUUUGGUGUAUCUAUAUAUAUAUAUAUAUAUACAAGCAAGCAAGCAAGCGCAUAUCAAUGUCUAUCCUGCAACCUUGAGGAAGAUUACAUCAAGGCAUGAAAGUGUAUUAUGGAAGAUAGCAAGUAAAUUAAACUAAUGACGAGAAGAUUCAAAUA